GAGAGGAUCACAAGUUAGCGAUUGUGCGAGUCUCUCCAUGCCCAUUUGUAUGACGCUGCUGUAACUCAUCCAAAAUAGAACACCAAUCAUCUCCCUCUCUCUUCUUCCUGCAGCUCUCUCACUGCCAUCCAAAUCCAACCUCUUUAAUCUCUUGACAUCUCUCUCCAGUCUCUUGCCAUCUCUCUCCCCACAAUGGAAGGGACUCUUUUCCCUAACAGGCCAGCAUUUCCAAUCCCACAAACCAAACAAACACAAUCAAACCCACGCUUGAAAUUCAACCCAACAACUCUGCCUCUCCCUCCUCAUCCCCCGUCCCUUCCCUCUUUCCCUUUCGACCCUCUUCUCCAACAUCUCCUCCACCUCUCUUCACCGCCUCCUAACGCCAAUCACAAACCAAAGCCCAUCAAAUCGGCUCAGACCGGUUCUCUACACAUUUCUUUGGAUUGUCAAGAGCAACAACAAAUACAUGGGACCCACCUCAACAAAUCCACUUCAGUUUCAUUUCCAAUUAUUGCAAAUAACGGAGGAGAGGUUGUUCAAUCAACCGGUGACGCCCUUGAUUUUCUACCCAUAACUUGUAAGUUCAUGCUUAAUUCUAUUGUUCAACAGCCUAUAUCUAAUUUGAAUGCUUUCUUCGAUUCUGUAAAGUUCGACUUACUUGAAGUUGAUUUGGUCAGUCUCUUGAAAGGUUUAGAUCUAUCAGGGAAUUGGAAAAAAGCCCUUUUUUUGUUUGAGUGGGUUGUCUUGAAUUUAAACUCUCAAAAUAACAAAUUAGACGAUCAGGUUAUUGAAUUAAUGGUUAGAAUUCUUGGGAGAGAGUCACAGCAUUCCAUUGCAUCGAGGUUGUUCGAUGUAAUUUCCGUUGAGGACCACUGUCUUGAUGUCCGAGCAUACACAACAAUUCUUCAUGCAUAUUCUCGUACUGGGAAGUAUGAGCGGGCAAUUACACUGUUUCAACUUAUCAAUGAGAAGGGAAUCGCUCCAACUUUGGUCACUUAUAAUGUCAUGCUGGAUGUUUAUGGGAAGAUGGGUCGUUCUUGGAAUAAAAUUUUAAGUCUUUUGGAUGAGAUGAGAAGCAAAAGACUUGAGUUUGAUGAGUUUACUUGCAGCACCGUGAUAUCUGCUUGUGGCAGGGAGGGGUUAUUCGAAGAAGCAAAAAGGUUCUUUACUGAGUUGAAGUCUCGGGGCUAUGAACCUGGAACAUUUACUUACAAUUCACUACUCCAAGUUUUUGGGAAGGUAGGGAUGUACACGGAAGCCUUAAGCGUGUUGAAAGAAAUGGAGGAAAACAACUGCCCCCCUGACUCAGUAACUUACAAUGAGCUUGUGGCAGCAUAUGCGAGGGCAGGAUUCCAGGAGGAAGGAGCAGAAGUCAUAGAAACAAUGACUCGUAAGGGUAUAAUGCCAAAUGCCAUUACAUAUACUACCCUUAUAGAUGCCUAUGGCAAAGCUGGAAAGGAGGAUAAGGCUUUGACUUUGUUCAACCAGAUGAAGAAAUCGGGUUGUGUUCCUAAUGUGUGUACGUACAAUGUCAUCCUUGGGAUGCUAGGGAAAAAGUCACAAUCUGGAGAGAUGAUGGAAAUUCUGUGUGAUAUGAAAUCAAAUGGAUGUUCCCCAAAUCGUAUUACUUGGAAUACAAUGCUUGCCAUGUGUGGCAAUAGAGGAAUGCACAAAUAUGUGAACCGGGUAUUUCGUGAGAUGAAGAGUUGUGGUUUUGAGCCUGAUAGAGACACAUUUAAUACUUUGAUAAAUGCUUACGGUAGGUGUGGAACUAUGGUUGAUGCUACAAAAAUGUAUGAUGAGAUGAUUAAAGCAGGAUUUAUUCCAUGUGUUACAACUUACAAUUCACUUCUAAAUGCAUUGGCUCGACGAGGGGAUUGGAAGGGAGCAGAAUCAGUUAUUUUAGACAUGAGGAACAAGGGCUUCAAGCCUAGUGAAACCUCGUACUCUUUGAUGCUCCAUUGUUAUGCAAAAGGAGGAAAUGUGCAGGGGAUAGAAGGGAUUGCAGGUGAAAUUUAUGAUGGUCAUAUCUUUCCUAGUUGGAUGCUUUUAAGAACCUUAGUUCUUGUAAAUUUCAAGUGUAGGUCACUGAUGGGUAUGGAAAGAGCAUUUGAAGAAUUGCAGAAGAAUGGAUAUAAACCUGAUUUGGUUUUAUUCAAUUCCAUGCUUUCAAUUUUUGUGAGGAAUAAGAUGUACGACCGUGCCCAUGAGAUGUUGCACUUGAUUCAUGAAAGUGGAUUGCAGCCUGAUCUUGUCACCUACAACAGCUUGAUGGACAUGUAUGCCAGAGCGGGAGAGUGCUGGAAAGCAGAAGAAAUCCUCAAGGGACUACACAUAUCUGGUGGAAAACCAGACCUUGUGUCUUACAACACUGUCAUCAAAGCAUUCUGCAGGCGAGGUUUCAUGCAGGAGGCUAUACGAACUCUCUCAGAGAUGACAGCUAGAGGGAUUCGGCCAUGCAUUAUCACCUAUAAUACAUUUGUAGCAGGCUAUGCAGGGCAGGGAUUUUUCACAGAAGUAAAUGAUGUGAUCAGUUAUAUGAUUCAGCACAACUGCAGACCGAAUGAGCUAACCUACAAGACUGUUGUGGAUGGUUAUUGUAAAGCAAAGAAAUACGAAGGAGCCAUGGAUUUUGUGUCAAAAAUUAGAGAAAGAGAUGAUUUAUUUGAUGAACUAUCUUUGCGAAGACUUGCAUCUUGUAUUAGGGAGAAUGUGGAAUCAUGAUAAUGAUAAACCUUAGUUGUAUUCAUGUUGUUAAAUUACUUGGAACCGAGGCAGAUUUCUCAUGAUGUAAUCUUAAUCCAUUUCACUAUCUAUUUGUAAUUUACCUCUGGUAAGUCUUGUCAUAGUUUUAGGUACAAGUCGAAGUAGACGAGAUAUGAAUUCAUACCUGCCUUCAUGUCUGAAUCAUUGACAAUUUGUAUUGGCUGCAAGGCCGGCUUUACCAUGACGGUAUUAGUUUUUCUUCUUUUUGCU